UUUUAUUAUUUGGGUUGAUGUGUGGUAAUCGUCUCUAAAGGAUUAGUAAAAUAUUCGCUGAAGUAGUUUAAUGCAAUAAUCUAGCAGUAUGCAGAUCGUUUGUGAAAAUUAUUUCGCGAAAUAAAUGUAUCUCACCGUCCCUCUUUGCAUAGUGACAAUCCCUUGUGGUCGUUGCGUGGCCUAUUCGUCACUGGAAUAGAUAAGAAUUGGAAAUCGGUGAUUUUUUUUAUGUCGUAGGCUUUAAGUAACGCAAUGAAUUUCGACAAAUCCACUUCUCCCCGUAAUAACAGUGCGGGCGACAAAUCUGUUAGUCAAACUUCUUCAACAGCUACAACACCUAGUUCUAGUAAUAGUUUGAUCGAGCCUUCCGAAGAUUCUACCCUAAACAAUGCUACGAGUAUAUUUUAUGGCGGAGAACGUGGCGGAUCUGGUGCCGAUGCGAGAGAUUUCAGCUUUCGAGAAUUAUGGGCGUUUACUGGGCCAGGGUUUUUGAUGUCUAUCGCUUAUCUGGAUCCGGGAAACAUCGAAUCGGACCUGCAGAGCGGAAUUGUAGCCAAAUACAGUUUGUUAUGGGUGCUACUUGGAGCGACGCUGUUAGGAUUAGCAAUGCAACGAUUGGCUGUGAAAAUUGGAGUUGUUACAGGAUUGGAUCUAGCGGAGAUGUGCCAUAAACAAUACAAAACUGUGCCUCGAUUGAUACUUUGGCUAAUGGUAGAAAUUGCUAUUAUUGGGUCUGAUAUGCAGGAAGUCAUUGGUACAGCAAUAGCCAUCUACCUUCUCUCGUACAAACGAAUACCUUUGUACGUUGGCGUAUUGAUAACCGUAUUAGACACGAUGUCCUUUCUAUUUUUGGAUAAGUAUAAAUUGAGACGGUUGGAAUUAUUUUUUGGUUUCCUCAUUACAACAAUGGCGAUAUCGUUCGGUUAUCAAUACAUCAUCAGUGAUACGCCACAAAUGGAAGUAAUCAAAGGCAUGUUUAUUCCCUGGUCUUCCGACUAUCGACCCGGUACGCUAUUGCAAGCGGUUGGGAUAAUUGGUGCAGUUAUCAUGCCGCACAAUUUGUAUUUACAUUCAGCGCUGGUGAAGUCCCGAGCGAUCAAUCGAAACGAAGUAAAAGAGGUGAAGAAAGCCAAUCGUUAUUACUUUAUCGAAGCAUCGAUAGCGCUUGCUGUAUCAUUUGUCAUCAACGUGUUUGUAGUUUCUGUAUUUGCUCACGAUUUGUACGGAAAAACUAAUCAGGAUGUGAUCGACCGAUGCAGUAAUUCGUCUUUUUCGGAUGAUAUUCUACAAGCGUUUACGGCAAAUAAUGCUACAGCUGAUAUUAAUAUUUACAAAGCUGGUUUGGUGCUAGGAUGCUUUUACGGCGGACUGUCAAUGUAUGUGUGGGCAAUCGGCAUACUAGCGGCUGGUCAAAGUUCCACCAUGACUGGCACUUAUGCAGGACAGUUUGCUAUGGAAGGCUUUCUUAAUUUGCAAUGGGCGCGCUGGAAACGGGUAUUGUUCACCAGAACCGUUGCAAUAAUGCCAGCAUUUUAUGUUGCAUUUUUCAGUAAACUAGAGGAUUUAACCAAAAUGAAUGAUAUUUUGAAUGCAGUAAUGGCUUUGCAACUUCCAUUCGCAGCGAUACCUACUGUCGCUUUUUCUUCGAGCGUGGCAUUAAUGAAGAAAGAGUUCGUGAACGGCACGACAGAGAAAGUCAUCUCCAUCGCCCUCAGUUUCACCGUCAUUGGCAUUAAUCUGUAUUUUAUUAUUGCCAAUCUGCAGCAAGUGAAUUUGACCGCUUUCAUGAUAAUUGGCGUGGUUAUAUUCGGCACCUUCUACAUAGCUUUUAAUGUAUACCUUAUAUUACAUAUGAUGGUAAAUUUGGGAAACAAAUCAUUAGCUACUAAUUCAUUCGUGAAACGGUAUAUCUUUGAUGAUGUUGAUCUGUUUUCAAAUAUGGCAACGAUAGAUAAUGGUUUAUGAUUUUAAAUGAAUAAUCUUGCCAGUCAUUUACAUACUUACUUCGAGUAAUUAGUUAGAAUGCAUAUCUUUGCGAAUAUCAAUUGUUAAAAGAAGUUUUUAUCGGGGCAGAUUAAGCUAAUUGUGCCUUAAUAGUGAAAUAGAUAUUUAGGGAACUUAUAUGUUCGUGAUGUUUUGUGUUAAUCCAUUCAAGAUUUAUAAUUUGGAUUGAUUUCAUAUGAAAAGAAAAAUAUUUAGUUACAUUCAAAAAGUGCAAUGCAUAAAAGGGAUAUACAAUUAGGGCUGUGCAAUUGUAAAGGCAUAAUAUAUCUAUCACAUAUAUCUCGUCACAUGUUAAUAAAAAUACAGGUAUAACAUUAUUUAUUGGCUUAUUUUUAUUUGUGUUUGUUUAAGACAUACGUCGAAAG